AAAGUACAUUUUAAUUUUACUCGAUUAGAUUUAAAAAUUUGCAAAAGUUGUUGUAUGCACGUUGAUAGGUCCAAAGUAUUCGAUUGGGACAACUUUAUCUAUCUGGUCGGCUUCAAGAGCUUUCGUUGUCGUCGAUCUGACUUGUCCGAUUCGGUGGCAAUUUAAUCGGAAAAAUUCACAUCCGCUUCCCACCGCCGCGUCAAUUCAAAACCAACCUCCACCGCCUCCUAAAUCAUAAAGCACAUUGUGAUCAAAAGAGCAAAAAAGAGACUUUUUGGGAAUUUUUGAAUUUAGAAAAAUGGUGGAGAGAACGACGAGUUUGGGGGUGGGAGGAAACAAUGGAGAAUUCUCAGGGGUAAGAGAAACGAUGUGGGCACAACAAGAGCUUCUUCAAAAGAUCAACCAAGAGCUUGACGCUGAACGUGAAGCUUCUUCAUCUGCAGCGAGCGAGGCUUUAUCUAUGAUUCUAAGGCUUCAAGGUGAGAAAGCUGCGUUGGAGAUGGAAGCUAGUCAGUACAAGAGAAUGGCUGAGGAGAAGAUGUGUCACGCUGAGACAUCUCUUGCCCUUUUCGAAGAUCUGAUUUAUCAAAAGGAAAUGGAGAUUGCGUCUCUUGGGUUUCAGGUUCAGGCUUAUAGGUGUAAACUACUUAGCCUUGGUUGUUCUGAUCCUGCUGUGAUUGAGAACAGGUUCCCUGAAAAUCUCAUCUUUUACGGCGAUGCCUCUCGUGGGAAUCAAAAGACUAAGAUGAAGAGAAAUCUAUCGAGUCCAUUUGAUGGGAUACCUAGUGAAAGAAGCAUGCUUUUGUCUGAUGUGAGUGGUGAAAGCUUUGAAGAGAAGAAAGGUAUUGUUGUUGAGAGUUCUUUAUCUCCACGUGAAGACUUGAAUGCUUAUUGGGAUCAGAUCAGGAGAAUAGAUGAGCAUGUUAAAGAGAUUUCAGAUUCAAGAGAGGUUCAGAAAGAAUCUAGAUUCCCUUUGCUUAGGCGUGAGUCUUUGUCACAUGCAUUGGUGUCACAGGUUAGCAAUACUAUUCUUGAGUCAGCUAAGAGUGAUGUCAGUAACAUUAUGGAGAUGAUGAAGAACCCUGAAAGAUACUCUGUGAAAGACACUUCUUUAGAGACACCGAUUCUGUCUCCCAAGAAUGUUCAAGACAUCUUUGAGGUUCCUAGGACGAUGAAGAAGAGCCUUACAAUCAUCUCGGAAGAAGAGGAUCACGAAGAAAGAAAUAAAGAAUCACAGGUUAGAGGUAAGAUGGUGAGUAGUAGUAAUUACGAAAGAAGAGUAGUGAGUAGGCCGCCAAGAGAUACGAGUAUCAAGGGAGAACAUUUGAGUUUGCUUAAGGAGAUUAGAGAACAGCUUAAUGCAAUGCAGUCAGAGAUGAGAAGUUUAAGAUCAGAACUGCAUCAAUCUAAACCUGUGUAUCAUGUAGAAGAGGAUCGAGCCCUUAACUCAAUUCAAGAGGCUAUGCUUCACUUCUGGCUUUAGAAGCUACCAUGCGGUAUACAUAACAUGCCAUAUGUAAAGUUGAGGAUUGAAGGGAUGUAAAAAAAAUCUUUCUUGAUUGAUUUCAGAGUAACACUCUGGUAUUUGUAUGUAACUCCAUUGGCAUUGUGGAAACAAAACUUUUAAAGUAUUUGAAACAAAAAUCAACAAGGGAUAAGGAUUUUGUAGUUUAA